AUGGGUAAGAAGAAAGGCGGCGCCAAAGCGGCGCCACAUGCGCGCCAUGGUCAGCAGCAAGUGAACCCGCAAACGGACGCAACAAACCAGCUGCCACUCAACAGAGAUGCGGGCAACUUCUCGUUACCACAUCGAUCGGCUCAGGUCCAACAAGGUGACUACUAUGACUGCUACCGGUACUGCCAGGACAGAGUUGACAUAUAUGCUGCAGUGGAUGCUUGGAGAUCUUACAGAGACGGCACAAACAAUCUUCAGACAGCCGCUGAUUUUCAGCCUUUCUUCCAGUCUCGUCCCACGUUUUUCGGCAGCGGCCAGCAGCAUCUUCCUGGUUGGACUCCGCCAGGGCACAAUGGUAGCCUAGGGGCACCGCAAGGGCAACAAAUAUACGCUCCAGCCCCACUUGGCCAACAGCCAUACCCUCUCGCUCCACAAGCAAUGAACCCGUAUACCCGACCCUCGGCACCCGUCGAACAUUCGCAUUUCAAGCCAUACCAGCCGCUAAGGUUAGUUCACAGCUACGCUCGGUAUCCUUCAUAUCGAGUUAACAAACCUUAUAGAGUGUCAAAUGGCACGGUUGAGAGACAGGUCAUACAGCAGGCAAGGAACAACUGGCAGAGUCUACCUCGGGCUCAAACGCAGGAUCCACGUCGUCGACCUAAAGCUCGGCAGUUACCAGAACCGACUGUGCAAACUCCGCCAGAAACGAGAAACGACCGCUACCCACUCCGCAAUAGGAGACCGGAUCAGACUGUCCCGUUCAGUACUGGUGUCGCAGACGAUUUUAUCGAGCCAAACAGGACUUCGGGUAACUCUGCCCUCCCAAGAGUCCCGGCAGCUCAGAAAACCUCUCGGUACCCUAGUCAGGAUCCUGCCGACGAGGCCCCACGCCCCACGGGAGAGUACAAGAGAAAUGCUGCGCCCAGCUCUGCCACCAGAGACAGACCACAAAAACUCUUGGUCAUCCUCGAUCUCAAUGGCACUGUACUUGUUAGACCGAACAAGAGCAGGCCUAAGAACAUCAUUGUGAGGCCUGGUGUUCCUACCUUACUGGAUUAUCUAUUUCGCAAUCAUGUGGUCAUGGUAUACACUUCGACGAGGCCUCAGAACUGCGCUGCCAUGGUGGAGAAGUUCUUUCGUCCAGAUCAACGGGCGGCAUUGGCCGCUGUGUGGGCCAGGGACAAAUUGGGCUUGACGCAGGAGCAGUAUUACAAUAAGGUUCAGGUCUACAAGAGACUGGAGCCGGUCUGGCAAGAUGAGGCCAUCCAGAUGAAGGCAGACCCGGGCAAGCGCUGGGAUCAAAGCAAUACUGUGCUUGUGGACGACAGCCAAAUUAAAGCUCUGGCACAACCCCACAAUCUGCUGCAAAUCCCAGAAUUCCUCAACAACGAGCCCAAAACUGGGUUACAAGCGAAAUUAGCCUGGCGGCUUACCGAAGAAGCUAUUGUCCAGUCUGUACAGCAGAAGCUGGAAGAACUCACGUGGCAGGUGGACGUGUCCAGGUUGAUACGAGAAUGGCAAACUGGAAAACGGCAAGCACCCGGUGUUGUGGAUGAAACCGUAGAUCAGAAAGCACUACAGAACGCCGGAGACCGUGCAUCGUCUCCCACACCGGACCCGAGCAAUGGUGACCGAGAGUCGUCGUAUCAACCACAACCACAACCGCAGCAGCUACAGACGCCAAGAGAAUCUCCAAUGCCGGUAUUCGAAAAACAUCUGCCACAAUACAAGCCAGUAGAAGUCGAAAUGGACGAUGGAGUAAGUUCCGAUGACGAUGGCGGCACCACCUUGGACGAUCUGCAAGCCCAAAUUAACCGGAGUCUCAGUCUGAAUCAGAGCCUAUCAAUCCAGAAUCAAAAUCAACGUCAACUGACCGCUGGUGCUGCUACGGAUGCUGGUGCCGUGGCUACUAUUGAGGGGACCAAACCAUCAAGACUCAGUGAGUUAUCUGCUCAUGGGGGUGAUUGGGCUGACACCGUCAGAGAAACUCAAGAGGACCCCCGAGUCUCUGGCCAGAGUCCAGGCACGAGCACAGUACAGGCACGAGAACAGGCGGGCAAUACGGAUGGCGCGCAAGGCAAAAAGGCGAGCGAAGGAUACGGCAUCCAAGGCAGCAAAGGCAGCACGACGAGAGCAACAGGCCGCAAUGACAAAGGCGAAGAAAAGGCGUCCCCUUGUCAAAUGACAAGCAACGACAACGUUGAGGGAGGGACCGUAAACAUCGAUGGAGAGACGGCUCAUGAGCCAAUGACGCCCGAGAGUCUGGGUGGUUGA